UGGAAGUCGUGUAUUACCCGCUUGUUGUAAUUCAAAACAUGUUUCUGCCUAACGUGUUCAUUCCGUGCUUGGCUCUUGUUUUAGAUAUACUUGCAAUCGCUGCUAGUCCACCGCAUAUAAUUUUCUUCUUGGCUGAUGAUCUCGGGUGGAAUGACGUUGGCUGGAAGAAUCGCGAGAUUAAAACUCCGAAUCUGGAUCGACUGGCGCGAGCAGGGGUGAUCCUGAAUAGUUCAUACGUCCAGCCAGUCUGUACCCCUUCGAGGACUGCUAUAUUGACUGGUCAAUACCCUUUCCGCACUGGCCUACAGAGUGGAAUCAUGCCGCAGGACAGGCCGACAUAUCUCCCGGACAAGUUCCGUCUACUGCCAGAGGAGCUGAAAAAACUCGGAUAUAAAACACAUUUGGUUGGGAAGUGGCACCUCGGGUACUGCAACUCCAAGUACACGCCCACAUACCGGGGCUUUGACAGUUUCCUUGGGUUCUACGGAGGGGCUGAGGACUAUUACUCUCAUAUCAGAGGUCAACAGAACAGCAUCGGCUUGGACUUCUGGUUGAACUCGUCCGUCCUCGCUACUGAAAAUGGAAAUUACUCUACUUUUGUGUUUGCACGACGGGCUAUUGACAUCAUCCGGACGCACGAUCAGAAAUCGCCCCUCUUCCUGUUUGUGUCAUUCCAAGCUGUGCACGUGCCCUUGCAGGCUCCAAAGAGGUUUAAAGACUUGUACUCAAGAAUCCGGUAUAGAUCUCGACGUUUAUAUAGUGCCAUGGUCUCCGCAAUGGACGAGGCUAUUGGAGAUAUAAUGAGGUCACUCAAAGUCGAAGGAUUGCUCAAAAACUCCCUCGUCAUAUUUACCUCAGAUAACGGUGGCGCCCCCUAUGCAGGCGGAAAUAACUGGCCGCUACGGGGUGCAAAGACAACUCUAUGGGAGGGAGGCAUGAGAGUCCCCACCCUUGUGUACAGUAAGACUUUGCUCAAGAAGAGGAUACAAUGGCAUGAUGGGCUGUUUCAUGCAGUGGACUGGUACCCUACGCUGCUGCACGUUGCAGGUGGGAAGUCAAGUAACACAAUGGACGGUGUCAACCAAUGGAUGAUGAUACGGAAGGGGACGCGUAGCAAACGUCGGCAGAUCGUUCACAACAUCGACGACAUACGACAGAACUCAGCAUUACGUAUUGGUCACAUGAAGCUCAUCCACGGCAAUCCAGGGCGCUAUAACAACUGGUACCCCGUACCUACCCUGUGGACAGACAGGUGCCUCUAUAAAGCUGACAAGCUCAGGCUUCCCGAGUACCAACUCUUUAACAUUACAGCUGACCCAACAGAGAGUUAUGACAUCGCCUACAAGUCCCCAGAUAUCCUAGCCAAGAUGAUCAAGAUCUUAAACCGUUACAAGAGGAAGAUGGUGCCGUCGUCUUUAGGAAAGUCAACACGUAAAUCCAAUCCUAAAUACUACGGUGGAGUGUGGGCUUCAGGCUGGUGUUGAGAUGUUGCCGUAUCUCCUGAUAAAACCUAUCGCCAACCCCAACAUGGAUGUUUGGUCCAUUGAUUUUCGAAGCCGUGAAACUUGCUUCAGGAGCCAUAUAUCUCGAAUCAAGAUACCUGGAUGUGUUCAUGACAGUAAUAUUGUACCUGGCUAUUGUUGUAUCAAAAGUACGUUUCCCUCAUGUGAUUCUCUCAUCUUGAUAUACUGAACCUGUCGUCUCGAAUUUGGAUAUUUCGAACCCGACGUCUGUAAUCUGAAUGUAUAAAACCGGAUGUCU